GAUUUCACUAUAAAUCCAGUAGUGAGGAGAUAUUUGGGCUUGAGAUUUAUUCUGUACUUUUUUGCACCAGACAUUCUGUAUCACGUUUGGUUGUGCUCACGUCAUGGUGUACAAAGAAAGGUCCAGGUAAUCCCUGGUUCAUGGAGUGGAUAGUAAGACCAUUUUUUCUUGGUGGUAUACUGAGUGAUAUUGCUAUUAUGGAAGACUUUAUAGAGAGUGCAAAUCCAGCAGAGAUGAAUUACACCAUUGUGAGACCUCCUCAAUUAACUUAUGGUAAGCUUCUUGUGAAAAUCACAGAAAUUGUUUUUACAAAAACCUUGAUGGAUAAUUCUAUUCCCAUUUGUAAAAUCCAUCAAAUUAUCAAUGGAUAAGGCAAGUAAUUAUCAUUAAUGGUCAAUGACAUGACGUAUAUGUGUUGUGUACAUAUGUAUCUGUGUAUUAAUGAAUUAUGAUUGUACAACUCAUUCAAUUUUGCCUUUCAUUACAAUUACUCACUGUUUCAAAAAAAUGUUAAAUUUUCACUUUGAUAUAUCAUUGAAACUUUCCCAAGGGGAGGCGCAUAACUUUUCAAGGGAGGUGCAAAAAUUAUCAGCGGAGGUGCGAAACGAUUUCAGGGGAGGUGCGUACCUCCCCUCAAAAUCCAGCCAUGGUUUUAUGUACCUUAGUGUACCUAUUUUUCCGUUUCAGCCUCAGGUAAUCGUACUUACAAGAUUGAAGAAGGUCAGUGUAAUACUAACACAAAGGCAAGUAUACCGCGUGCUGAUGUCGCGCAUUUCAUGCUUGCAGCAUUGCAAACUGACGGGUAUGAUCGGAAAGUAAUGGCCAUUGCAAGUCUAUGACAGCCUCGCCGUAUGCGACCGUGCUUGAAACGUACCAUGAUUAUAGUGGCCCAAUUUAUACUAGAGACAGAUGAUGGUUUAUCUAAGUCUGGACAAUGGACGACUUGCGCUUUAGAAAAAAUUUUAAUCUGGGAAUAACAAAGGAUAUUUUCUGCAAAGAAAAACUGCAAAGUUUGGUUGCGAAAUGUUGUAAGAUUACGAAAAUAUAGCCCUGCGAAGUUGGCAAAUUUGUAUACAUUUCUAUUACGUGCGGAAAUUGGUAACUAAUUUAGUUACCAAUU